CUCCUGGACGACUUGAUGGAGAACUACACCAGUGCCCUGCGGCCCGUGGAAGACACGGACCGAGCGCUUAACGUCACGCUGCAGAUCACGCUCUCGCAGAUCAAAGACAUGGACGAGAGGAACCAGGUGUUGAUCGCCUACCUGUGGAUCAGGCAGAAGUGGCACGACGCUUACCUGACGUGGAAGAAAGAGGACUACGACGGCCUGGAGGUCAUCCACAUCCCCAGCAACCUCGUGUGGAGACCCGACCUCGUCCUCUAUAACAAGGCCGACGACGCCUUGUCGGGCCCCGUGGACACCAACGUGAAGCUGCGCUACAACGGCGAGAUCACCUGGGACUCUCCGGCCAUCACCAAGAGCUCCUGCGUGGUGGACGUCUCUUACUUCCCCUUCGACAGCCAGGAAUGUAACCUGACCUUCGGCUCCUGGACCUACAACGGAAACCAGGUGGACAUCUUCAUGGGCAUGGACAGCGGCGACCUGUCGGACUUUGUGGAAAACGUGGAGUGGGAGUGCCACGGCAUGCCGGCCACCAAGAACGUCAUCAUGUACGGCUGUUGCUCGGACCCGUACCCCGACAUCACCUACACGGUGCUGCUGCAGCGCCGCUCCUCCUUCUACGUCUUCAACCUCCUCCUCCCGUGCUUCCUCAUCUCCUUCCUGGCCCCCCUCGGGUUCUACCUGCCCGCCGACUCCGGGGAGAAGGUUUCCCUCGGGGUGACGGUGCUGCUGGCUCUCACCGUCUUCCAGCUUAUGGUGGCCGAGAGUAUGCCUCCCUCGGAGAGCGUGCCUCUUAUAGGCAAGUACUACAUCGCCACCAUGACCAUGGUGACGGCGUCCACUGCUCUCACCAUCUUCAUCAUGAACAUCCACUUUUGCGGUCCCGAGGCCAAACCGGUUCCGCGCUGGGCAAAAGUGCUCAUCAUCGACUACAUGUCCAAGAUCUUCUGCGUGUACGAGGUGGGCGAGAACUGCGCCUCCUCAUCCUCAUCCUCGACCCGUCCGUCCCCUCGCCCGCCGGCUCAGGGUGACGUCGAGCGCCGACACUUCGCCCCCCGGAUCGGCGCCGCCGCCCGAGCGGGAAGUCACAGGGGGCGAGAUGACAAACGGGGGCAGAACACCGGCGGGCCGCAGACCGUGACGCCGCAACAACAUCCCGACGUGAAAACCGAGCACCGCUUGCUGCGAAACGUGGAGUACAUCGCCAACUGCUUCCGAGAGCAGCGGGCCACGUGCGCCAAGGGGGCCGAGUGGAAGAAGAUCGCCAAAGUCAUGGACCGCUUCUUCAUGUGGAUCUUCUUCGCCAUGGUCUUCCUCAUGAGCAUCCUGGUCAUCGGCAAGGCCCCGUGACUGAAGUGCGGUACCGUGUUCCUUCCCCCGCCACGUCGCUUUUUUUUUUUUUUUUUUA